AUGAAUUUAUCGAAGCGAUCGACGAUCCUCGUAACUUUGAUCGGUGCUUCAUUAAUAGGGAAAUUAACGAGCGGCGAAAAUUUUGAGAGCACCGCGCGAAAAUCAAGAUUCAUCUCGUUCAACAACGAUGGCGGAAAAAUAGACAUCGAUUUGGAUCUGUCGAUCCCUUUUGUGUCAAUUCCGUUGGACAGGGAUGCGGACUCGGACGGAAUGCCAGGACCUUUGGUGAAUGUCAAUGCAAAAGCCAUCGGGGUCGCCGGUUUAAUGGCUGCGUUAACAACUUUUAUUGUACCACUUUUGUUCAAAACACCACCUGCUGGACAACGCUAUCGCCUCACCGAUGACUUUGGAAUUGACCGAAUGGGCAACGCUAUCAACGAAUUUAUUCUUGGAAAUAAUUACGUAACCCCGUGCGUCGAACGAGCAGUUUGCACCCUCGUUGCUAAAACAACCGGAUCCAUUGAUCCAACGAGUACUGAUAAAAUCAUCGAUGGUUUGACAAGGUAAAACAACGCGUCAUACUCAUUAGCGCGGUCAAAGAGUGAUCGAGGCGAAAUUAUUAUUUUUUGUUAAUCGCCCAGUUAUAAAUGGUUCGAGGAAAUGACGAAUGGCACCUCGAUUCAAGAAGCAAUAUCAAGAGGUCGCAAGAAAAAUUCCAACUGUCCGUUCGUCUAUGACAAAUGCUCGAUGCCCGCCGCCAAAAUAUUCGACAACGUGCUCGAUCAAUUCGGAGACUUUUAAAUUGGAUACGACAAUUCCAUCAUGGGUGGGUACCGGGUACAGUCGAUUGGAUAAAUAUCGAAUUUCUUCGCGUCACCGAAACGCGUCGAAAGUCAAACGAAAGACUUAUUUCGUUUGAAAUGCUAUAUUUGUAGCUUAUUUGGAGCGAAAAGUAGGAAACGAGUAUUGUAAAUAAAUAUAUAUGCAUGAGUUUGCGCAACUUUUAGGGAAAUA